AUGGGCAGCAAAGCUCUGCCCCGCUGCAAAGACGGCACAGCCACCAUCCAGCGCUUUCCGAAUCGGACUGCCCCGAAGUUCGAGGAAGUCAUCACCUUCUGCCGUCAGUACGACGUUGGCCUGGUCGUGGUCGGCCCGGAGCAGAUGCUCGCCGAUGGCCUGGCGGACCAGCUACGCGCCGAGGACAUCCCCGUCUUCGGGCCGAGCAAGGCGGCCGCACAGAUCGAGGCGUCCAAAGCCUUUGCCAAGGACUUCAUGAAGCGCCACAACAUCCCAACGGCGGAGUACCAGACCUUCUCCGCCCAAAAUGGGGGCGUGGAAGCCGCGCUGAAGUACAUCGACUCGGUUCCUUUCGAUGUUGUCGUCAAGGCCAGCGGCCUCGCAGCUGGCAAGGGUGUGGUUGUCCCGGAGACUGCCGAAGAGGCCAAGGCUGCCGUGCGCGAGUGCCUGGAAGCAAAGAAGUUUGGCGAUGCAGGUGCCGAGGUUGUCCUGGAAGAGCGGAUGUUUGGGCCCGAGUGUUCCAUUUUGGCGCUUUGCGAUGGCAAGCGGAUUGCGGUGCUGCCGCCCGCGCAGGACCACAAGCGAAUCUUCGAUGGCGACCGCGGUCCCAACACAGGUGGCAUGGGUGCCUUCGCGCCGACUCCGGUUGUCAAGCCCGAGAUGAUGGAGCAGAUCAGGAAAGAGAUCCUCAUGCCAACCAUCGAUGGCCUGCGAGCAGAAGGCAAGCCCUUCAUCGGAUGCCUCUUUGCCGGCCUCAUGAUCACGGCGAACGGACCGAAGGUCAUUGAGUUCAACUGCCGCUUCGGUGACCCUGAGACUCAGGCCGUCCUGCCUCUGCUGGAGUGUGACCUCUACCACGUUCUCAACUCUUGUGCGCAGGGGGAGCUGGUAAACCCAGACACCGCCAUCGGCGUGUCGGAGGUGCCCGCAACAGGUUGA